CUGUUCAUUUCCAAUGAUGAGCUCGCUCUGGAGACUAACGACAGGGUCCUACUCACAUUUACUCCUGACAACCCUGAACUCAUCGGUGGUGUGGAGGGAGCAGGGGAGUUCAUUAGGGAUAGUGCAAUAGUCAACAUCAUUGACAAUGAUUUGCUGCAGAUCAAUUUUGGAGAGUCUGACUACUCUAUCGAGGAAGGAGAUAAUAUGCUAAGCACACCAAUCACUCUCCAGUUUAGGGCAUGUCAGAGAGAUUUCACUGUCACCCUCUGCCCUGUUACAGUCAACAGGGCUGAAACUGAGGGUUUGGGAACCUUUAUCAAUGCUGAUACCAUUACCAAUGCAUCUAGAGCAACAGCAGUUGAUGACUUCAGCACAAGUAAAACCACAGUCACGAUACCGGCCAACACCCGAACAUUCCAAGUAUCUCAAUUUUUCAUGAUUGUGGAUGACAAUAUCGAUGAAGACGAACAGAGCUUUGCAAUAAUAGCUGAAAUCGGA